GGCCCUUGUCACCGGGAGCUGCCAGCUGCUUCCUGAACAGCUGAUCACGUAAACAGCUCCCAUUUCUGGUGCUCCUUUGAACGGUUUUUAAGUGAUGUAGUUGUUGUUGAGAGCGUUGGUGCAUGCUGUGUUUUAACUUUUGCAGGUGUAUGCAAUGCUUGGUGUGGCCCUCAUAAGACAGACAUGCAGAAGAGGAGCAGCAGUAAUCUCAGCACAUCGUGUAGGAUUCCUUCCUAGGAAGGCAUUCUGUUCUCGGCAGUUGUCUACCUCUGCAGCCUCUCUCAAUACCAAAGGCCUUCCAAAUGUAAAUAAGAAGAUAGCAGGGGAUGUGGAAGAUUAUCAAAUUAUAUAUAAGUUCCCAUAUAUUGUACUAGCUCGUGCAAUUUGCAGACUGAAAAUCUAUCAGACUGCAUUGUGUGGGUUUGCUGUGCCUGCAGUUGGCUAUUUGGCUUACAAUGGGGUCUUGGAUACUCAAGUAUUCUCUGCCACUGCUGCAGUAGGUGGACUUGCAUUUGUUAUGCUCUUUGUUAUGGGAGAAAUUUUCCGCAGAACAGUCGGUCAUAUUUAUUACAACGCCAGGAAAGAUAUUGUGAAAGUGUCUCACCUUUCCUUCUGGGGGAACCGUAAAGACAUUAUUAUCCCUGUGGAAGACCUAGUGCCUAUAACAGACACUUCUGAUAUUCCAACAGAUAUUUACGUGCAUUUGUUAAGGUUUUCAAAGCCCAAGGAUUCACUUUAUCUGUUCCUAAGAUUUGGAGGUAUCAGGGACACAGAAAAGUUUACUUAUGCAUUAGGGCUGCUAAAGCCAGAGGAUCAGCUUAGUGAACAAAGUAAGCUGGACUAAAAGAAUCCAUGUUGGGGCUGUGACUAGAUUGUAUUGCA